AUGGUCAACAUUACGGACAAGAUCAAGGAGAUUGAGGAUGAGAUGAAGAUGACCCAGAAGAACAAGGCGACAAACUACCAUCUGGGUCUUCUCAAGGGAAAACUCGCCCGCCUCCGAGCACAGCUGCUCGAGCCCGGUCCGGGUGCAGGAGGUGGUGCCGGCUCAGGGUUCGACGUGAGCAAGAGCGGUGAUGCACGCAUAGCGCUGGUGGGAUUCCCAUCCGUGGGAAAGUCGACCUUCCUGUCGAAAGUCACCAAGACCAAGUCGGAGGUCGCGAGCUACGCCUUCACGACGCUCACGGCCAUCCCCGGUGUGCUGGAGUACGGAGGCGCCGAGAUCCAGCUUCUGGACCUGCCCGGUAUCAUCGAGGGCGCGUCAGAAGGAAAGGGCCGAGGGAGACAGGUCAUUUCCGCGGCCAAGACGAGUGAUCUGAUCCUGAUGGUGCUGGAUGCCACAAAGAGGGCGGAGCAGAGGGCCCUGCUCGAGGCCGAGUUGGAGGCUGUUGGCAUCCGCUUGAACAGAGAGCCACCGAACAUUUACCUGAAGCAAAAGAAGGCGGGCGGCAUGAAGAUCAACUUCCAAAAUCCACCCAAGAACCUCGACGAGAAGAUGGUGUACAACAUCUUGCGUGACUACAAGAUACUCAACUGUGAGGUCCUCAUUCGUGAUGACGAGGCAACGGUGGAUGAUUUGAUCGAUGUCAUCAUGAAGAACCACCGGACAUACAUCAAAUGCCUGUACGUCUACAACAAGAUCGAUUCCGUCAGCCUAGACUUCCUGGACCGGCUGGCGCGCGAGCCCAACACCGUGGUCAUGAGUUGUGAGCUCGACCUGGGCAUCCAGGACGUGGUGGACAGGUGCUGGAAGGAGCUGGCGCUGAUGCGGAUCUACACCAAGCGGCAGGGCAUCGACCCGGACUUUAGCGAGGCGCUGAUCGUGAGGAGCGGCAGCACCGUCGAGGACGUGUGUGACCGCAUCCACAGGACCCUCAAGGACACCUUCAAGUUCGCCAUGGUGUGGGGUGCGAGCGCCAAGCACGUGCCGCAGCGGGUCGGCCUGGGCCAUGUGGUGGCAGAUGAGGAUGUUGUGUAUAUCUCGACCGCGUGGAAGGCGUGA